CUGCAGGUGGGUGGUGGUUGUAUAAAAUAGCUGAGCAAUUACAUACAGCCAUCCAAUUGUCAGUGUAAGUUCGGUGACUAGUCAGUGAAUUUAGUGGUUAUUCUUUUCUGUUUUUUAUAUUACAAGUAAAUUUUUUUAAAUAUUCAAAAUGAACGGUCUUCUGUUGUGUCUCGUCGUAGCCACGGUCGCCAUCGUCUCCGCUGAACCGCCAAGCAGUUACAGCCGACCAUCGUUCGGCGGCGGCCACUCGUCCGGCGGUUUCGGCGGCUACUCUUCCGGCGGCGGCGGCGGUGGAUACUCGUCCGGUGGAUUCUCUUCCGGUGGCGGCGGAUACUCGUCAGGCGGCAGCGGCUAUUCUUCCGGCGGCAGCGGCUACUCGUCCGGCGGCAGCGGCUACUCGUCCGGCGGCGGCUACUCGUCCGGCGGCAGCGGAUACUCGUCCGGCGGCAGUUACGUACCAGUAGCACCAGGACCGUCCACAUACGAAGGACAGUACGUCGACGGACAACUGCUCGAACAGAUCAAGCAGAUCGUGCUCAGAGACGAAGCCCAAAACUCCGGAUCGUCGUCCGGCGGAUACCCGUCCUCGUCCUACGGCGCCCCGUCCUCAUCAUACGGUGCCCCGUCUUCCUCAUACGGAGCCCCAUCUUCCUCAUACGGAGCCCCGUCCUCCUCAUACGGAGUGCCGUCCCAGUCGUACUCGAGCCGCGUCGUCGGCGUCGAAUUGGAACAGGUGAAACCGGCCAUCCAAGUCGCUCAAUUCCAACAGUCCGGCGGAUACUCGUCCGGCGGUGGCGGUUACUCGUCCGGCCCGUCGUCCUCCUACGGAGCUCCCUCCAGGCCAUCUUCGUCCUACGGAGUGCCGUCGUCCUCUUACUAAUAGCGGCCGGUGCGCUCGGCUCGUCGACAACCAUCUCAACCGCAUAAAAUAUCAUCAUCAUACAUAACGUACACAGACUCCUCCGCUCUUUCGACGUCGCCGCGCCAGACCGUCACGUCAUCUACACAGCUUUUUGUUUUACUGUUAUCGUCGUGCACUCGCGAUCGUCUUCUCUCUUCACUCGUAAACCGAUGAUAUUAUGUAUAAUAUCAAAAUAUAUAAACCGCGAGUGUACGAUACACAUUAUAUAUUGUACGUAAUAUUGUAAUAAUUGUAAUAACGUGACGCGUCGUUGUGUGGAUGACAUUAUACCUAUGUAUAUAGGUAGCGCCUUAACAGCAAAUUAAUGUAAAUAUUAUUAUUGUCAUCGUCAUCAACGCAACGAUCACCGACAAGGAGCCGGCGACGAGAAAGAGCACAUUUUUUUCGUAUUUUUUCUGAAAUAUAUUAUAUUUUUUUUUAUAUUUUGUUAUAUAUAUUAUAUUAUAAUGUUUUUUUUAUCUAUUGUUAUACGCGUGUAGUCGAAAAUUUAGCCAUAUCGCAUAAUAUUACAAUAGUGAAUAUUAGACUAAAUGUAAUAUUUUGUUUGAUCAUUUUUUCUAUGUACAAAAACAAUACGGCCAAAAGAUGAUAGAUAAAAAAAUCUAUUUUUUAUAAAA